GAAUCUGAGCUUCUAUAAAAGCUGCAGCACCAGUCUAGUCUCCAAGGCCAUGUGAGAAAGAUUCAAUCAGUUUCAGUAGGGCCAUUUCAUUAGUGGGCAGCCAACUCAUGCAUUAGCAAAUUGCUAGUGGCAAUUUUGUCUCCUGGCUGCUUUUCCCCAACAUUACUAUCAAAAGAGCUUGAUUACUACAGCGAACUAAUGAUCAACAAUAAACUCAUUGUGUUCUAACCUACAAGCCUCACUCCCUCUAUAAGAUUGUCAGCAAACUCUGCUGACCAUAAAAGCAAAGGCAUAUUUUCUUGAUGCGAGUUAAAAUCCGGUAGCAUGGCAACGGAAGCUGAUGUUCCAGAAGCCAUAUCUAUCGCGACAGGAGAAAAGGUAGACAGAAGCUUGAAAAUCGAAAAGUUAGACAGAAAUGACAACCAAUGUUCUCCAGGAACAUUGAAUGAAUCCAAAGGUGACUUGGAUCAGCAUCCUGAAAUUCACACUGAGAAACAUUUUGCGGAUGGUGAUAAUGUACAGAUAGAAAAUAGUAUGGAAGUUGAAGGCAAGAAUAACAGCUUUGGAAUUUCAGAGGGUGAACAGUUUUUGAACCCACUAUCGGAGAUUUCCCAAGUCGAACAAUCAAAUCAAGAAGGAAUGGAGAUACCAAAGAAUGAUGUGCAGCUUCAGAAAGGCACACAAGUUGGUGGGCCUGUAGAAACAGGCACUGAAGAAAAUGAAGUCACUGAAGAAAGAAGGGAGAAGUUUGCAGAAGAUAUUGAAAACCAUGACAUUGCAAUUGGUGAAGGAAUCAUUUCAGAGAUCACGAAAACUGGAAAUGCAAAGUUCGAUGUUGAAGAAGUGGAAGCAUCAACUAAUGAGACAAAUGUUGAUCAACAUGUUCAAGUUAUCUCAAAUCAACAGGACUCCAUCAAGGAAGAUGUACAAUGUCUUGAAAAGGAGGCAGAGAUUUCAGACGCAGAUAUAAAAGGAGCAGAAAAGGCAGAUGGAAAUGCUCAAUCAUACCAUAAAGAAGCUUCUGAUCGACUAGAGGCAACCACAUUUCAAGAGUACGAAGCUUCAACUUCUACUCAUGAUGUGACGAACAGCAGCUUCAAGAAGAACAUCGAAUUAGAGACAAAUGUAACAUCAAAUGAAGAAGAAGAUUCACACCAGACCUUGCAGGACUAUGAACAGAAAGAGGAGCUUCAAGCAUUGCCAGAGGUGACUCCUGUAGAUGCUAAGAUAGAAAUGGCAUUUGAAAAUGCAGAAGUAAUAUCCUGCACAGAAGAGGCAAGAGCAAUUCAGAACACCCCAGAAUUUUUGGAGAAAGAAGAGGCAAACCCUGUGCAUUAUCCAAAAGAAAGCGACUCCAUAACUGAGAAGGUGUCUGAGGCUACGAGCAUAGAACAAGAAACUGUAGAACAUGCACUACCAGAAAUUCAAACUGCUGAGAACCAACCUCAAGAGUUUAGUGAAGAAAAAUCCAGAGAAUAUCAGGCAUCUGUUGUGGCAGCUGACUUGAGUACCGAUAAAGAUGAAAAGAAUUUGGCGGAACAAGCUAUUCAAGAAAAUUCUUUCUCAUUGGUAGAAGAAGAAACAGCUCAGCAACUCCCAAGAGAAGAAGUUCAGGCAACAAAUUUAAAAGAAGAGGAAAAGGAAGCAGAUACAAAAUCUGAAGAGCCCAUUGAAGUAGCAGAUACUACAACAGAGAAAGGAUUUGAAACCAUAGAGCAGAAAACAGAAAUAAAUAAAGAUCUCUAUGUUCCAAUUCCAGAGGAAGAAGCCUAUGCAGAAGAAAGUACCAAAGCAUUUGUUGAAGACAAUUCCUUUCUCUCUGAGGUGAUUGAAUUAAAGACUAAGGAAAUUAUUCAGGAGGAUCACUCCACAGUAAGCGGUUAUGGCCUUGUGUCUGGAGAAGAGAGUCAAGUAUCGGCAUUGGAGGAAGCUGAAGCCGAAAGCAAGGAGCAUGUCAGCAACACUCCUGAACAAAAAGGUCCACAAACCAUCUUAACAGAUGAGACGGUUGUGGAAACCGAAGAUCAUGCACAAGCAGGGGAAAAUUAUAACUCAGAGACGAUAGAAAAGGAUAUUCAAACAGCAGAAGAUGAAGGGAAUGCUGAUACUGGCACUGCUCCUGCAGCGGGUUUAGCAACCAUCGUACCAGAUCAACCCGCCUUGCACAUUGAAGAUAUUGAGUUACAAACAGAAGAAAAUGUUAACUCAAAAGAUAAAUCGGAGGAACAGAUUCCAGCAGCUGCAUAUGAAAGUGGAAAAGGCUUGAUAGAAGCUGAAACAAAAAGCAAUGAGCAGGUUACAGAUACUGACAUUGCUUCUGAAGAGAAGGAUCCGGAAACCACUUUAACAGAUGCAACGGCCCUGGAUAGUAAAGAUAUUGAUGUACAAGAAGAGGGAGAUUUAAGCUCAGAAGAAAACUUAGAGAAGCACCUUCCAGUAGUAGAAGAUAAAGGUGACACAUGCUUGAAGGAAGCUGAAGAAGAGAAGAAACAGGAGACUCUACCUACCACCGUAACACGUGAACCGCCAGUGGACAUUGAAGUAAUUGAUGUACAAGCAGAGGAAAGUUUCAGUCCUAAAGAGAAGUUAGAGGAGCUGAUUCCAGCAGCUGCAGAUGAAGGUGACACAGGCUUGAAGGAAGACGAGGAAGAGAACAAGGAGCAGGUCAAAAGUACUGACAGUGCUCCUGAAGAGAAGAUUACCAUCUUAACAGACGACAGAGCCUUGGACAUUGAAGAAGUUGAGUUACAAGUAGAGGAUAAUGUAGGCUCAAAAGAUAACGUGGAGGAGCAGUUUCCAAAAAAAGCAGAAGAAGGUGACGCAGGCUUGAAGGAACCUGAAGAAGAUAGCAAGGAGCCUGUCAGUAUCAUUGAUAUUUCUCCUGAAGAGAAGGGUCUGGAAACCAUCUUAACAGAUGAAACAACCCAAGAUGCUGAAGACACUGAUGCAAAAGCAGGUGAAUGUAUCAACUCAAAAGAAAGUAAGACUGAAAGUUGCUCGACGGAACCCCAAGAAGAAAACAAGGAGAAAGUUUCAUAUACUGACAAUCCUCCUGAAGAGAAAAUUGAAAACUUACAAGAGCAGUUGGAGGAGCAGGUCCAAGUUGUAGCAGAUGAAGGUUACACAUGCUUGAAUGAAGCCGAAGAAGAAAACAAGCAGAAUAUCAAAAGCAAAGAAACCUCUCCCGAAGAGAAGGGUCUACCAAUCAUCUCAACAGAUGGAACGGCAUUGGAUGGUGAUGAAACUGAGUUACAAUCAGAGGAAAAUGUCAGCUCAACAGAUGACUUGGAGAAGCACAUUCCAACUCCAGCAGAUGAAGCUGAACGCGGCGGCUUGACAGAAGCUGAAUCAGAAUACAAGGACGAGGUCACCAUUACUGAUAUUACUCCUGAAGUGGAUAGUGUACCGACAAUCUUCACAGAUCAAACAGCCUUGGAAAGUGAAGAAAUUGAGUUGUGUGCAGAGGAAAAUGUCAUCUUAACAGAUAACUUGGAGAAGGAAUUACCAACAGCAGAUGAAGGUGAAGAUAUCUUGACGGAAGACAAAGCAGAAAGCAAGGAGCAGGUCACCAUUACUGAUGUUACUCCUGAAGUGAAGGGUGUAGCAACCAUCUUAACAGAUGAAAGAUCCUUGGAAACUGAGGAUACCAAUGUACAAGCAAAGGAAUCUGCCAACUCAAAUGAGAAUUUGGAGGAGGAGAUUACAGCAGCACUAGAAUUGGGUGACACAUGCUUGAAGAAGGAAAACGAAGAGGAAAACAAGGAGCAGGUUGAAAGCAGCUCUCAUGAAGAGAAGGGUCUGGCAACCAUCUUAACAGAAGAAAUGAGCCAAGAUCUUGAAUAUACUGAUGCAAGUGAAAAUUUCAACUCAGAAGAAAUCUUGGAGAAGCAGAUUCCAACAGCUGCAUAUGAAGGUGAAACAGACUUGAAGGAAGUAGAAGCAGAGAACAAGGAGCAGGUAGAAACUACUGAGAUAGCUACUGAAGAGAAAGGUUUGCCUACCAUCUUAGUCGAUGAAAGCAAAGAAACCUCUCCCGAAGAGAAGGGUCUACUAAUCAUCUCAACAGAUGGAACGGCAUUGGAUAGUGAUGAAACUGAGUUACAAUCAGAGGAAAAUGUCAGCUCAACAGAUAACUUGGAGAAGCACAUUUCAACUCCAGCAGAUAAAGCUGAACAAGGCGGCUUGACAGAAGCUGAAUCAGAAUACAAGGAGCAGGUCGCCAUUACUGAUAUUACUCCUGAAGUGGAUAGUGUACCCACAAUCUUCACAGAUCAAACAGCCUUGGAAAGUGAAGAAAUUGAGUUGUGUGCAGAGGAAAAUGUCAUCUUAACAGAUAACUUGGAGAAGGAAUUACCAACAACAGCAGAUGAAGGUGAAGAUAUCUUGACGGAAGACAAAGCAGAAAGCAAGGAGCAGGUCACCAUUACUGAUGUUACUCCUGAAGUGAAGGGUGUAGCAACCAUCUUAACAGAUGAAAGAUCCUUGGAAACUGAGGAUACCAAUGUACGAGCAAAGGAAUCUGCCAACUCAAAUGAGAAUUUGGAGGAGGAGAUUACAGCAGCACUAGAAUUGGGUGACACAUGCUUGAAGAAGGAAAACGAAGAGGAAAACAAGGAGCAGGUUGAAAGCAGCUCUCAUGAAGAGAAGGGUCUGGCAACCAUCUUAACAGAAGAAAUGAGCCAAGAUCUUGAAUAUACUGAUGCAAGUGAAAAUUUCAACUCAGAAGAAAUCUUGGAGAAGCAGAUUCCAACGGCUGCAUAUGAAGGUGAAACAGACUUGAAGGAAGUCGAAGCAGAGAACAAGGAGCAGGUAGAAACUACUGAGAUAGCUACUGAAGAGAAAGGUUUGCCUACCAUCUUAGUUGAUGAAACUGCCAAGGGCAUUGAAGUUAUUGAUGUACAAGCAGGGGAAAUCAACUCGAAAGAGGUAUUGGAGAAGCAGAUUCCAACAGCUUUAAAUGAGGGUGAAACAGACUUGAACGAAGCUGAAGCAGACAUCAAGGAGCAGGUAGAGACUACUGAUAUUGUUCCUGACCAAAAGGGUGUAGAAACCAUCUUAAGCGAUGAUAGGGCCCUGGACCUUGAAGACGUUCAUGUACAAGAACAAGAGAAUCUCAACUUGAAUGAGAACCUGGAGAGUCAAAUUCCAACAACAGUAGGUGAAGGUGAAACAGACCUGAGCAAAGGUGAAGUUGCAAACAAGGAGGAGGUAAAAUGUACUGAAAUUGCUGCUGAAGUGAAGGAUGUAACAAUCAUCUUAAGAGAUGAGACUGCCUUGGAGAUUCAAGAUGUUGAAGUAAAAGCAGAGGAACCAGAAGUAGCCGGUAAAGGUGAAGAGAGUGCGGGAGUUCCCAAUGACAUCCCUGUUAAUGUCCAUAACACAGAACUGGUGGAUGAGGUGACCGUGGAGCAAAGCUAUCAAGAGCCAAGUCAUGAGGAAGCAGAACCGAAAAUCGCAGUUGAAGAUGAGAAAUCAGAAGACAAUCCUGAAAUGAAUCACAUGACAGUUGAAGAGGUCCUUGAUGAACCAAAGAUCACAAGUCGAGAUUUCAAUGAAGAACAAAUCAUAGAAGGUAAUGUCGCAAGUUCUACACCAGAAUCAAUUGAAGAAGAUACAAUUAAGAGCUCUCAACACAAUAAGAAAGAGACAAUAGAGUUGAAGGAAGAGGGGAGCUGUACAGGGAGCACAAAUGAGGAAAGUGCUAGUGACCACAUACGGGAGUAUAUUCCAGAAGAUGCAACUAAGCAGAUCAAAGAUGAAGACUAUAAUGCAGUCAAGUCAGAAAACGAGACUCUUGAAGAUUCAAAGACUAUUGAGGUACAUGAGAUAUGUGAGACAAAGAACAUCGAAAAGUCUGAAGAAAUUUUUAGUACAUUACCAGUGAAAUAUGAUGAAGGUCAGCAAGGAGAAGGUUGCAGCCCAGCUCCAACAGAAGCUUUAAAGGAGGAAAACAUAAAUGAGGACACAUUGUCUGUGAAAGUGGCUAAAGAUGAUGGCAAUAGUGGUGCAGUCACUAUUAUAGAAACAAGUGCAGAAGUACCAUCAAAUGAUGAAGACGAUUCGCCAGAGGUGCUGCAGAAAUAUGAACCAAAAGAGGAGAUUUCAAAGUUGCUGGAUGUGAAACCUGAAGAAACUACUCCAGGAUCGUCAAGUGAAAAUGUGGAAGUAAUUACCUGCAAAAAAGAGGAAAUACAAGAAUCACUGAACAUUUCAUCGGGGGAGGUGCUGGAGACUACAACUAUUGAAGCAUUACCAGAAAUUCAAAUUGUUGAGGACACUGCUGAGACGACCACAAAAUUACAGGCAUGUGUUCAGGCAGCUGAGUUGAAUACAGAAGGAGAAAAGGAGAACUCAGAGGAACAAACUUCUUGUGAAGUCUCUUCUUCGUUGAUAGGGGAAAUAAGUGAGCAAAAGGAAGAGGAAGAGAAACCAGGUCAUGUAGAAUGUAAAAAUUCAAUUGAGGAAGCAAAAUCUGAAACCUUAGAGGAUACAACAAUCCAAGAGGAAGAAAGCAAAAAUUCCUUUUCAUCGGAAAAAGAGAUUGAAAAAGAGAUUCAAGCGGAGUAUAGAUCCACAGUAAGAAGUUUUGACUCAAAAGUUAAGUGUGAUGAAACAGGCUUGACAGAAGCCUCAACCGAAGACAAAGAGCAGGUGGAAACCACUCAGAUUGCUACUGAAGAGAAGGGAAAUGAAGGUAUUGAUGCCUGUAACACUAAAAUGGUUGGAGAAGUGGUGGAACCAAGCUUUCAAGUGAAAACUCUUGAAGAAGAAGCAACAACAAAACUGGAAGUUGAAGAUGAAACUGACAAAUCAAAUGAUCUUCCUGAGGCGAGUAACAAGAUUUGUGUAGAGCAGGUACUUGAUGAACCAAAGAUCACAGAUAGAGAUUUCAAUGAUGAACAAAUCACAGAUGGAAAUGUCACAAAUCUUACAACUGAACUUGUUGAGGAACAUGAGACGGUUAAGGACCAUCAAGGCGAAGAAAUAGAGAUAGAAAAGUUGAAUGGGGAGAGAAGCGGUACCGAGAAUAUAAAAGAAGGCAAUGCCAAUGAUAGUUCAACUAAGUGUGUUCCAGGUGAUAUAGACGAAAAGCUUAAAGAAUGCAUAGAGGAGGUAGUUGAGUCCAAAGAGCAAAUCACAGAAGGCAAUGUUGAGACUCUUACACCAGAAUCGAUUAAUGAAGACACAGUUAAGAACUCUCAGGAUAGUGAAAAAGAGACGACAGAGUUAAAGGAAGAGGGGAGCUGUAAAGAGAGCAUAAAGGAAGAAAAUGCUAGUGAACUCUCACCGGAGUACAAGGAGGAUACAUUGAAGUCCAAAGAGGAGAUUCUUGAAGAUUCAGAGAUUGAAGAAACUCUUAGUACAUUACCAGUGGUGCAGUUACUGUUACAGAAACAAGUGCAGGAUAAUAUAGAUGAUGACACAUGUUUUGUCCAACAGACUAAAGAAAAUGAUAGUGCAAUAACUAUUACCGAAACAAGCGCAGAGAUACCAUCAAAUGAUGAAGACGAUUCACUGCAGGUCUUUCAGAAAUAUGAACCCAUAAAGGAGCAUAUAAAAUUGAGAGACGUUUUGCCUGAAGAAACGAAGCCAGAAUCAUCAAGUGAAAAUGCAGAAGUAGUUACCUGCCGAAAAGAGGAAAUAGAAGAAUCCUUGGAGGAUACAAAAGAAAGUGAUUCAACUGUGGAGGCAAGUAUGGAGGCAACUGAGUUGAGUAAUGAAGUAGAAAAGCAGGAACAUACUACUCAAGAAGUCUCCUCUUCACUGCUCGGAGAAGAAACAACUGAGGAAAGCUCAAAGAAGGAAGAGAAAAUGGAAGCACAUGAUGAAUGUAUAGAGGGCAUUGAGGAGACACAGGAAGAAAGCAACAAAACACUUACUGAAGACGGUUCCAUUUUGUUGGAGUCAUCAGAUGAUGUGAUUGAAAAGGAGAUUCAAGGGGAGUAUAGCUCCACUGUAAGAAGUUUCAACUCCGAAGUUGUGAGCGAGGAAAGGGGAUCGACUGAAGCCACAGAGCAGGUAGAAGCUACUCAUAUUGCUCCUGAAGAGGACAUUGAAGGUACGGAUGUCUACAACACUGAACUUGUCGGAGAAACGAUAGAACCAAGCUCUCGAGUGCAAACUCUUGAAGAAGAAGAAGCUGAAGAUGAGACUGACAAAGCCGAUGAUCAUCCUGAGAAGAGUGACAAGAUUUGUGAAGAGGUAUCCAAUGUACUUGAUGAACCAAAAAUCACAGACACAGAUCAUGGAGUACAAAGCAUGGAGGGAAAUGUCGGAAGUUGUGCAAGUGGAUCAGUUGAGGAAGAAACUGUUAAAAACGAUCAAGCCGAGUGUGUUCCAGCAGAGGUUAUAGUUGAAGAACGCACAGGGGAGGCAAUUGAGUCCAAAGAAGAGUUCCUACAAGAAUCACAGAAGGACGAUAAAGAUGAGGAAACAUUUCAAAUCAAAGAGGCUGGACACAAUGAUGACUACAAUGGUACAGUGGUGCUUCAGGAAUCAGGUACGGAGGUACCAUCAAUUGGUGAAGAAUCAUCAGAAGUUACACAAAUACUUGAACUCGGAGAGGAGCAUGCCCAGGUUGAAGCUAGUGAUUUAGCAGAUGAGAUUGAGGCUUGCAACUUGUUGGACAAGGUUUCCGUUGCUGAAGGGACAGAGGAAAUGACUAGUAGGGAAGUUGAAGCGUCUAACUUGGCUCUAGAAAAGCUAAAUUCUGAUGCACCUGAAGAAGAAACCAUAGAAAGUUGUGAAGAAGUUCCGGAAUCUGUUUCUAAAGAUGAGGUCCCUGUUGAUCAGAAACUCGAUGAGGGGGUACCAAAAAAGCCUUCUACAUUGCUUUCCGAGGAACAGGAGCUCAGAGCUUCCGAACAUGAGCAAACGAAGGAAGUGGAAGUGCCAACUGAAGAAGACACAGGAGACUUACUGGCUGCAAGGUCAGCAAAAGAGAUAUGCUUGCCAGAAGAGCCCAGAGAGCUCAAAGUCUCUGAAUUGGCUGCUGAAAAGCUAGACGCUGGUGAAACUGAAGAAGAAACCAAAGAAACUUCUGAAACGGUCACCAUAUCUGAUUCCCAAAACAUUGGUGCAGUUUGUGAAGAUGAAAUCAUCACUGAUCAAACGCAGUGUGAGGAAGAAAAGGAGUUAGACUCUGAAUUAGUUCAGGAAACACUAGAGGCUGAUGCACCUGAAGAAGAAACCAAAGAUGGUUCUGCAGUUGUUCCUAAACUUGAUUCUGACAGCCUCGAUGAACAUGUGAAAGAGGAGAUCAUUGCUGAUCAGACACCCCCGGAAGGUAUAUCAACAGAGCAACUUCAAAUACCGUAUACUGCAUUGCUGCCCGAGGAAAAGGAGCUCGAAGCUUCAGAAUACAGGCAUGAAACUACAAGUGUUGACAAGAACAUAGAAGAGGAGAACCCAAAAGAAGUGGAAGUGCCAGCUGAUGAAGACAAACAAGAGUCAUGUACUUCAACCCCAACAGAGACGUGCUUGCACACAGAAGAACCCAGAGAUACUGAAUUGGCUAUGCACAAGCCAGAUGCUGGUGAAAGUGAAGAAGAAAAAGUGGUCACUAAAUCUGAUACUCAAAGUGCUGUUGUGGCUUCUGGAGAUGAAAUCGUUACUGAUCAAACAGUGUGCAAGGAGAAAACGGAGACACCACUUUCUCAAGAAAGGGAGUUGGGAGCUUCUGAAUUGGCUCUGGAAAAGCUAGCUGCUGUAGACAUUGAAGAAAUCAAAGAAGGUCCGGAAAUAGUUCCUAAAUUUGAUUCUGGUAUCAUUGAAGUAGUUUCCAAUGAUGAGAUUACCAUUGAUGAAACAUUCAAUGAAGGGAUAGUCAAGGAGCAAAUUCAAUCACCAUCAUCUACAUUGCUUCCUGAGGAAAAGGAGAACAAAACUUCUGAACCUGAGCAUGAAACUACAGCUCAAGACCAGAGUUCAGAACAAGAGUGCACAACGGAAGUAGAAUUGUCAGCCGAUGAAGAUACACAAGCUCUAUUGGCCGCAAGGCCAGUAGAAAAGGAAUGCUUGCUAAAGGAAGAGGCAAGUGAACUCAGUGUUUCUGAAUUGGCUGUGGAAAAGCUAGAUGCAGGUGAUACUGAAGAAUCCAAUGGAACUUUUGAAACAGUCUCUACUUCUGACUUUCCAAGCAUUGUAGAAGAGCCAAAAGAAGAAAUCACUGUUGAUGAAACGCUCAGUAAGGAGGUAACAGACAUACCACUUGAAAUACCAUCUUAUGCUUCUCUUAACAAGGAAAAGGAGCCCAAAGCUUCUGAAUUAGAUCUAGAAAAGCUAGAUGCAGAUACACCUGAAGAAGUUAAAGGGUCUGAAAUGAUUCCUCAAUCCGUUUCUCAAAGCAGUUGUGAAGUUACGAAAGAUGAGAUAAUAGCUGAUCAACUUGAAAUACCAUCUUCUGCACUGCUUUCUGAUGAAAAGGAACUCAAGGCUUCUGAACAUGAGCAUGAAACUAUAAUAAACGAAAAGAACCUAGAAGAUGAGAACCUGAAGGAAGUGAAAGAGCCAACGGAUGAAGCCUCAGAAUAUGUAUUUGUUGCAAGGUCAGUGGAAGAGACAUGCUUGCAGAAGGAAGAGCCAAGUGAACUCGAGGUUCCUGAGGCAAAUGAAACUGAAGAAGUCAAAGAUACUUUUGAGACAGUCUCUGAAUCUGACUCUCAGAGCAUCAAUGCAGUUUCCAAAGAUGACUCCAUUGCUGAUCAGACAGUUUCUGAUGUGAUAACAGACAUGCCACUUGACAUACCACUUCCCAACGAAAAUGAAGAGGUCAAAGAGGAUGCGACUAAGUUGGCUCUGGAAAAGUUAGACACAGAUGGAACUGAAGAUGUCAAAGAAGGUUCUGAAGUGACUCCUAAAUCUGAUUUCCAAAGCAUUGAUGUAGUUGUCAAUGAUGAGAUCAUUACCGAUCAGGUACUCCCUGAAAGUAUAACAACGGAGCAACUUCUACUUCAAUCCCCAACAUUGCUUCCAGAGGAAAAGGAGCUCAAAGAAACUGAUGAACAUGAGCAUGGAACUGCAAUCCAAGACAAGAAUCUGGAAGAGGAGUAUGCAAAGGAAACAGAAGUGGUUGCUGAUGAAGACACAAGAGAUGUAUUUGCGGCAAGCUCAGAAGAAACGACGCACUUGCAGAAGGAAGAGUCCAGAGAGCUCAAAGUUUCUGAAUUGUCUCCAGAAUGUGAAGAAGAAAUCACAGCAACUUUCGAAAGCACUGAUGCAGUUUCCAAAGAAGAAACCAUUACUGAACAACUAGUUCAUCAGCAUGAUGAGAAACUUCUAGCAUCUCCUACUUUGGUCCCCAAGGAAGAGGAAGAGGCAAUCGUGCAUAAGGAAGAACGUGAGGAUUCCAAAGUUCUUGAAUUGUCUCUGAAGGGUGAAACUGAAGAGGAAACCAAAGAAGCCUUUGAACCAGCGCCUGAAGUUUAUUCGCAAAGCAUUGGUGAACUUGCCACAGAUGAGAUUGUUGAUCAAAUUCCACCUUCAUUGGUCUAUGAGGAGAAGAGGUGCGAAAAUACAACCUCUAUCAAUAAUGCAGGAGAAGAAAGCAUGAAUGUUGUGGAAACACCAAAUGAUGAGAGCAGAAAAGACCCACAUUCAGCAGAAGAGACAAGCAUUCCAAAUGAAGAGCCCAAGAAACUCAACGUGUCUGAUUUGGAGUUCCCCUCAAGUCAAUACACAGAGAGGGACAGUUCAAAUGAAGAGAAGAAUCUUGAGGUAGCUACCUCCGAUUCAAGAGCAGAAGAUUCGUGUGACACACCAAUUGAAGCAAACCAAACUGCAAAAGUUGAAGUUAUGAAUGAAGAGAUCAAGGAUGAAAAGGAAGUUACAAAAGAUUCUCAGCUCAUUUCUGUUGACGAAGAAAACGUGAGAGAGAUUCAACAACAAAAUGAAUCAAGAGAAGAAAAAUAUCCAGAAGAGAAGAAUGAUACAUUUACAGCACCAACUGAAUAUCAUCAUGAGGUGCCUGGAAGUUGGAUUGGGGAUAUUGAAAAAGAGGUCAAACCAGAUGAUAAAAGUUUUAAGGACCAUAGUCCAGAUGAAGCAGAGGGAAGGAUUCAGGAGACGGCUACUCAUCUGGGCCUUGAAAGUCAGGGAGAUGAAAUAAAUUGUGGAAGUAGCACAACAGAAAUCACAAUUCCAGUGGAAAAGGCCUCAAGCGUGGAGAUUUCUCAAGGUGUCCCAGGUCUUGAGGAAGCCAAUGGAACUGCUCAAGACACCAAGCAGCUAGAGAAAGAAUCUCAUGCAACCGAUAAUCCAAGUAGCAAAGAUGAUGCUCUAAAUAUUCUCCAGGACCCAAAAUUGAAGGACACUAAACCUAGCAAUGACACCUUGGUUGCCAGAGAAACCAAAGAAGAAAAAUUUUGUGAAUCAGGUACAGAAACAGUUGACUCAACAUCUGCUCAGAUAUCCUUAUCUGAAAUACUCAUGGAAGAAUCAACAAAAGAAAGAAUGAAAGCGGUUACACACUUGACUGCAGAGAAAGAACCUAAGCUGCAAGUUGAUGAAGAAGAAGAAGAAGACCACGAAAAUGUUGAAGAAGCAAAAACAGACGAAGAGAAAGAAGAUUUUGAACACAGACGGGCAUAUCAAGGCUAUGAUGAACCUGUCAUUGUAGAAGCCUCUAGAGAUACUGAAGUGAAGGUUUCAACCAAGAAAUCUCAUAACAUUCUUUCAGGGAUGGGGAAAUCUGUCAAGCAUUCUAUUUCAAAAGUGAAGAAAGCCAUUAUUGGCAAGUCUUCCAAUUCAAAGACACAAUCAGAUAAAUGAAUCUGCAAGGGACCAUGAUUCCAUUUCCAGCAGAUUAAGAAAUGGAUGCCUAAAUGCUUUAAGUGGGUGUCUUGCUCUGAGUUCGGUUGGUGUUCAGCACUAUCAGGGAGAGAUUUGGCUUUGGUGUGUACUUGUGCAGCUUGAGUAAGUUUUUUUAGCACCAUCAGAGGGAGAUAUUUGGUUUUGGUGUGUACUUGUGUACAAAUGAGCAAGUUCAUAUUCAUUAUUAGUGUAAAUGUGCAGCUUGGAAAGUUCAUAUUCAUUAUUUGUAGAGAUGUGCGGCUUGAAAAGCUUAUGUUCAUUAUUUGUAGAGAUGUGCAGCUUGAAUAAGUUUGUAUUCGUUAUUGGUGUAAAGUGAGAAAAAUUUGUACGAUUGUAUAUUAUAUAUUUGAAUGCCUUGAGCCUAUAUGGGUUGCUAUCAUUGUGAUGAC